AUGAGGACCGUCUUUAAAGUUUUCGCAGCUUUUGCGUCCGUUUUUGGAAUAUGCGGGGUAGCCCUCAACUUUCUCGUUUGCUUCGUGUAUUUCACAAAUACCAGGCUCUUAGAUGCUCCCAACGUUUUCAUCCUUAACAUUACGCUUAGUAACCUGUUUUACUCGUUGGUAGCGCUUCCACUGCUAGUGGCAGCCAACGCACGAGGCGAGUGGCUGUUUGGAGCCGCAGGUUGCACCGCGUAUGGUUUCCUCACCACCUUUUUUGGUCUCGGAUCCAUGAUGAAUCUGGUCGGGGCCGCGUGCGAGCGUUGCAUCACAUUUCACAAGCUGUACAAAAAUGGCAACGCCCAGCUCAGCCGAAGGAAAUCUCUGCUUCUCUCCUCAGUUCUUUGGUGUUACUCAUUCGUCUGGAGUUUUUUCCCUAUCCUUGGCUGGUCAAGCUAUGUACAAGAAGGAGUUGGAACGAGUUGCUCCAUUGAUUGGAAGUCGAGAGAGGCUGGUAAUGUCUCAUACGCCGUGUGCUUGAUUCUGGCAUGCUUUGUGGUACCAGUUGCCGCGAUCAUCUUCUGUUUGUACAAGUCGUACACAACUCUCGGCAAGUUAGGUGAGCAAGCACGUGAGCAGUGGGGAGAAAAGUCCACUGUUACUCAAGAAACUGUCGCAGCUGAGACCAAAAUGGCGUGGAUAGGGGUUGUCAUGACAACCGGUUUUCUGUUCGCUUGGACGCCGUACACCAUCGCCUCGAUUAUAGCCAUGUACGACCCUGGUCUGGUCAGUGACAUCGGCGCGUCGAUUCCAGCGUACAUCGCCAAAUCGUCUGCAUGCUACAAUCCAUUUAUUUGCAUGUUUAUGCAUAAGAAGCUACGAAAGGCUACUAAAAAUGUGCUUCGUUGUGGGAAGAAACAAGUUCAUCUUUCUGAAAGGCAAACCUGUACAGGGCAUUCAGCUCAAACUCGCAAUCGAACAACAAAAGGUGACACUAAUCUGAACGUACAGUCAUUAGCUACACCAAAUUCUGCAUAGGGUGGAACAUUGGGUGGGGAGGGACGCUAGUCCAAUCUCGGAGACACCCAUACCCCAAAACGCACCCUAAUUUUGAUUUGACAAUUGUUUGAAAGUAAACUCUUUCUCAUUCUUAUCUCCCUGGGGUGACUGAGUCGACUCAGGUCCCUAAGGGGGGAGGGGGUACUCCGGAAUUCAAGUGGCCGGGAUGAUCGCAGGAUUUUUUAGGGGUGGAAAUUUUCGAUUUCGGGAUAUUUUUGGUAGGAAAAUUUUGGCAACUAUUUGUUUUGGUAGCUUGAUUUAAGCAGAAUUUUUUUGGGUAUUCAGAACUAAUUUUUCUAUCGAUUUUUCGUGUUAUAUCAUUUAAUAAUCCCCCGACUUCUUCUAGGGGAUUAUUCAACAAUAUUAACUUCGCCUUCGGCAAAUAAUUGUUAAAUGCUUUCUGGAAAUUUUUAUGACUCGGAAAUUGGUUUUUUGGGGGGUUAAAUUUCGGUCCUGUGGUUUUGUUGGGUUUUUAUUUUUGCCCCCAUUCGAUCAUCCCUCUCACUUGAAAUCCGGAGUACCCCCCUGGACUCAGGACACUUCGGCUGCAUAAACAGGUAGCGAACUCGACAAGUAUCGAAACCGGCUGUUACCGGCUCUGUUCAUCCGCAGUCCAGUGUACAAAGAGUCAUCCAGGGCUAUACAAGAUAUAAGAUCGGCAACGGACUGUUUAACGUUAAGUCCUUGGCGGAACGGCAUUUCAAGCGAUAGUCUAUCCAAUCUUUUUAAUUGCCCCCUGUCUAUGUAUUUUUAGUGCCCUGCUUUCUGGGCGUUGAUUUUCUUUGUAUCUGCUCUUUUUUUUAAAGGAUUAUGUUUAAAUUAGCCCCAUUAUAUGCUAAACCAUCCUCGGAGACCCAGGGGCAGAUAGUGGGGACGAGGGAAAGUCUAAACGGGCGGAAAAAUAUAUAUGGAACGAAGAAAAGUAAAGAACGGCGAGAAGAGCCCUAGUCACUGUCGUCCAUAUAGUACGUAGAAUAAAGUUGAACCUUGCCAUAACGGCCACCUUGGGAACAGAAGAAAGUGGCCGCUGUAGAGAGCCUUAAACAAGAAUCAAUGUAUGUGACUGUCCGCCGUAAGCUAAAUUAAUUAAUCUAAAUCACAAAAUACUUUUUCUUUAAUUCGCCCAUGCUCAAUUACGUAAUGUAAUGACACCUACUCUCUUUCGCUCUCUAGGUGAAAGACUGACGAUGAGGACCGUCUUUAAAGUUUUCGCAGCCUUUGCGUCCGUUUUUGGAAUAUGUGGGGUAACCCUCAACUUUCUCGUUUGCUUCGUGUAUUUCACAAAUACCAGGCUCUUAGAUGCUCCCAACGUCUUCAUUCUCAACAUUACGCUUAGCAACCUGUUUUACUCAUUGGUAGCGCUUCCACUGCUAGUGGCAGCCAACGCAAGAGGCGAGUGGCUGUUUGGAGACGCAGGUUGCAUCGCGUACGGUUUCCUCACCACCUUUUUUGGUCUCGGAUCCAUGAUGAAUCUGGUCGGGGCCGCGUGUGAACGUUGCAUCACAUUUUACAAGCUGUACAAAAAUGGUACCGCUCAGCUCAGCCGAAGGAAAGCUCUGCUUCUCUCCUCAGUUCUCUGGUGUUACUCAUUCGUCUGGAGCUUUUUCCCUAUCCUUGGUUGGUCAAGCUAUGUAAAAGAAGGAGUUGGAACGAGCUGCUCCAUUGAUUGGGAGUCGAGAGAGGCUGGUAAUGUCUCAUACGCCGUGUGCUUGAUCCUGGCGUGCUUUGUGGUACCAGUUGCUGCGAUCAUCUUCUGUUUGUACAAGUCGUACACAACUCUUGGCAAGUUAGGUGAGCAAGCACGUGAGCAGUGGGGAGAAAAGUCCACUGUUACUCAAGAAACUGUCGCAGCUGAGACCAAAAUGACGUGGAUAGGGGUUGUCAUGACAACCGGUUUUCUGUUCGCUUGGACGCCGUACACCAUCGCCUCGAUUAUAGCCAUGUACGACCCUGGUCUGGUCAGCGACAUCGGCGCGUCGAUUCCAGCGUACAUUGCCAAAUCGUCUGCAUGCUACAAUCCAUUUAUUUGCAUGUUUAUGCAUAAGAAGCUGCGAAAGGCUACUAAAAAUGUGCUUCGUUGUGGGAAGAAACAAGUUCAUCUUUCUGAAAGGCAAACCUGUACAGGGCAUUCAGCUCAAACUCGCAAUCGAACAACGAAAGGUGACACUAAUCUGAACGUACAGUCAUUAGCUACAUCAAAUUCUGCAUAG